CAAGUUCUUUUUUUCCAGGCUGCAGCGACGCGGAAAGGUGAGUCGUUGUGGGAAUUUGAGUCCGUUACACAGACACCUGUUUGCCAGAAAACGCGAAGCAGACGUUCACGCCUAACUUCAGUAUCAGGCUUAACUGGUCUAACGGUAUAAAAUCUUGUCAACCAUGGGCAAGGAAAAGACUCACAUCAACAUUGUAGUCAUUGGACAUGUUGACUCUGGCAAGUCCACAACUACUGGCCACCUGAUCUACAAAUGUGGUGGAAUCGACAAGAGAACCAUUGAAAAGUUUGAGAAGGAAGCUGCUGAGAUGGGUAAGGGUUCCUUUAAGUACGCCUGGGUUUUGGACAAACUGAAAGCAGAGCGUGAACGUGGUAUUACAAUUGAUAUAUCCCUUUGGAAAUUUGAGACCAGCAGGUACUAUGUUACUAUUAUUGAUGCUCCUGGACACAGAGAUUUCAUUAAGAACAUGAUUACUGGCACUUCUCAGGCUGACUGUGCUGUCCUUAUUGUUGCUGCUGGUGUGGGAGAAUUUGAAGCUGGAAUUUCAAAGAAUGGGCAGACUCGUGAACAUGCCUUGCUAGCCUACACUCUUGGUGUGAAGCAGCUGAUAGUGGGUGUUAACAAGAUGGACUCCACAGAACCACCAUACAGCCAAAAGAGAUAUGAAGAAAUCGUGAAGGAAGUCAGCACAUACAUAAAGAAGAUUGGUUACAACCCAGACACAGUGGCCUUUGUGCCAAUCUCUGGCUGGAAUGGUGACAACAUGUUGGAACCCAGCACAAAUAUGACCUGGUUCAAAGGUUGGAAGAUAAAUCGCAAAGAUGGAAAUAUUGCAGGAACAACUCUUUUGGAAGCCUUAGAUGCUAUCCAGCCACCUACACGUCCAACUGAUAAACCCCUGCGCUUGCCACUUCAGGAUGUCUACAAAAUUGGAGGUAUUGGCACUGUGCCUGUGGGCCGUGUAGAAACUGGCGUUUUGAAGCCAGGGAUGGUGGUGACCUUUGCUCCAGUUAAUGUCACCACAGAAGUGAAGUCUGUGGAGAUGCACCAUGAGGCGUUGUCUGAAGCUCUUCCUGGAGACAAUGUGGGCUUCAAUGUAAAGAAUGUAUCUGUAAAGGAUAUUCGCCGUGGAAAUGUUGCUGGUGACAGUAAAAAUGACCCACCCAUGGAAGCUGCAAAUUUCACUGCACAGGUCAUCAUCCUUAACCACCCUGGACAGAUUAGUGCUGGCUAUGCCCCUGUACUGGAUUGCCACACUGCUCACAUUGCCUGUAAAUUUGCUGAACUGAAGGAAAAGAUUGAUCGCCGUUCAGGAAAGAAAUUGGAAGAUAAUCCCAAGUCUUUAAAGUCUGGUGAUGCGGCUAUCGUUGACAUGAUACCUGGCAAGCCUAUGUGUGUUGAAAGUUUUUCUGACUAUCCCCCUCUGGGUCGCUUUGCUGUGCGUGACAUGAGGCAGACUGUGGCUGUUGGAGUCAUAAAGGCUGUUGAAAAGAAGCCUCCUACUUCAGGGAAAGUCACCAAAUCUGCUCAAAAGGCUCAGAAAGCAAAAUGAAUGCUAUGUUUCUUGUCUGCCAAUUCAGAUAUUAUAAAUGGCAGAAUGGUCUCUGAACUCUUUAUUUCUAUUUACCAGUUGAGUUCAGUAGUUAAAAACUGGUUAAUUAUUACAAUGCAUCGUAAAAGUAUCAGAAGGAAAAAAUGUUUCUUCCUUUCUUGUGGACCAUCAUUUUCAAUUUGUAUCGUGACAGUUUGAUAUUAGUUUUAAUCUGUACUUUAAAUGGGAACAGCAACAAGACCAACGAGUCUGUCACAGAAGUUAAGACCAUUAAAACAAGUAGUGCAACACAGGAUGUGCUGACCUCUUUGAUCUAACAGCUUUAGCUGAUAUCAUUUGCUUUUCAGAUGUUUGCAUUAACUGAGUGUGAUUAAAUAUUUGCAAAACACACAAUUUUAUAAAGUUUAAAAUGGAUUAAAAUUGUCAACUGUUUUCUUGUAUGGUUCAUAUGGUACAAAUACAUCUCAUAAAUGUGCACUGUAUUUGUUGAAAUUAAUCUAUUUGGCACUUUAGCUCUCAAACUUUGAUUGGUUCUAUGCACUUUAUUUUCUUGUUUUGCAAAGGUCUUUUACCAUUGCAUUAAAAUAUUUUAAUUGA